CGAGUGCGCGCACGCGGAGAGCACACGUCCGCGACCGACGGCAGUGAGUGACAGUGAUGAGUUGCGAUGGUCGACGAAGAGCGCUCCUCCUCGGAGAACGUCGGCAUGGCGGGCGAGCUGGGUCGCGCGCCCACCGCCACCGUGUCCAGCCUCAAGUCGGAAGACUCCACCGAACAUCUCAUCUGCAAGUCGCCCCCGAAAGUGAAAAAGAUCAAAUCGAUUAAGGAACAGAGUGUGACUUCGAAAAGUGUGGAAGCGGGCAGUGAGACGCCGACGCGCAAGAGGCUGGUGGUGGUGUUGGGGCUGGCGCAUGUGGUGCUGGGUGCGCUGCUGGUGGGCGCAGGCGCGCUGGGUGUGGCGCGGGGCGCGGCGCUGGCGAGGGUUGGCGCUGGGCUCUGGGCCGGCUGUGUUGCCGUCGUAGCCGGCGUUGUAGGGGUGUUGGCCGGCAUCAACGACUGCUACGGCCUCAGUAGCGGAGCCAACGGCGGCCCACUGCUGACGACGUUCCUGGCGCUGUCGCUACUGAGCCUGGCUUGCGGCAACGGUGCGGCCGUGCUCGCAGCCACUGGCUUGCAGCGCGACACGAUGCGCGCGCGCGCACCCACCGCCCUGCCCUCCUUCCAGGAUGAAAUGGAAGCGUGGUCGCCAGUGCUAACGAACAUCGGGCUGCUAAUAAUUGCGUGCGCACAGUGUAUCGCGAGUGUGGCGUCGAUUUGCGCAUGCGCGCGGCGCGCCUGCGCGUGCCUGCGCCCGCGCCAGCCUUUUGACCACAACACCUUCGACGCGCGACCGCUGCAGUCCUUCGCAGUGCACGUCGACGAGAAGCCGCACCACGACCCGGACGGGCUCAAGAGCAACGAGCUUUGUAAACAUUUGGAAGGAAAGCUUCAGGGCGAUGGCGCUAAGAAAAAGAAAGAGGAGCCACCAGAAUACGGCAGCGCCAACAGCAAAGAGAAGUUGGUGACGCGGUGGCUCGGCCACGCGGGCGCGGCCGGCGUGAGGGCGUUGGGAGCACCUCCCGCAGCGCUGGCGCCGAUGGUUGUGCCCGUGGGAACUGGAGGGCUUGGAAGGAGAGGCAAUGGAGUGCGAAAGGCGAGAAAGCUGCCGCCGCCGGUAAUGCUUCUGCCGGCGCAUCCCGCGAGCACGCUUGGCCGGGUGCCGCCCGCUUGCGUGAUGAUGGGGCCCCCGCGGUACGCCACGCUGCCACUGCCACCCGCGCCCUACCCGCCGCCACACGCCCCAGUCUACUACCACAUGCCUGAUGGGCGGCUGCGCAGGCGCGUGUCUCCUCGCACGCAGCAGCGGCGCCGGCGCGAGGGCCGCGAACGACAGCGCGACGACCACCUGACGCGCUCGCUGGAACGGAUCCAUCGCAAGCGCAGGGCCGAGCGCGAACGCCUCGCCGAGGCCGAACUUAAGAGCACUUACACGGGAUUAGACAGAGCGUACGCGGAGCAGUUCAUCGCGGUGUGCGACGAGAGCCGGCACGCGCACGCGCACGCGCACGACUCGCUGCCCAGCACCGCCACCAGCCACACCUCCGACACCUCGCACACUUCCUGAGCCAGAACCAUCCUUCUACCGAUGAGCAUCAACAUCGGGUAGCAUUAGCGUGAUUUGUGAAGAAAAAAAUCACUACUACCUAAGCCCUAUCCGUAUCGUGCAAUUUGCUGACUUCAUAUAAUUUUGAAAUGACAUCUGCAGUUUUGGUGCUUUUCAGUAUUAUGCAAAUCAUUCCAACCAAUCAGAUCGAAGUGUGAAAUGGAUACAUUGUAAUGUAAAUAACUAAAUUUCACGCAAACUUUAUAGCAAAUAUUUAUAAUUAAUUAUAGAUUUCUUUAUAGAUAAACGUAUUAUACACGAGUGUAUGUAUGAAUGAAAGUUGUAUGUAGGUACACCCGUGUGUACGUAAAAUCUUAAUUACGAUUACGAAAUCGAAUGAAAGAUUUUAGCGCAACAAAAUACUACAUUUAAAACACUAAAUGAAACUAUUAUACACAUUACGACUAAUUUUAGAAAACAAUCUCUAAAUUUUAAGCUUAAUUUGAACAUAUCACACCAAACUAACUAAGUAUAUUAUAGUUUUUAAUUAAUUUUGUAAAUAAUAUUUUAACAUUAUACGCACAUUGCACAUCAUGAAAUACACUAACUUAAUUAUGACUAGUUUAUUGUAAAUUUACACUAACACUGAAAUGGCUUCUACCGUGAAAAUUGGGCAACAACAUUUUUGAAUUCUUUUGUUGUGUGAAUUUACAUAAAAAUCUAUGUGUCAAAAAACCAAAACGUAAAAGUUUUGAAAUUGAUCAUCCACUAAUUUGGGAAAAUUGCAAUUGAUCAAGUUUCGUAGAGGUGGACAACACGAUGAUAAACUCACCAAAAUAAUGUUAAUUACGAAAGGGACCAGUGUGUCGCGUGUCGGUGCGAUUUCACGGUAGAAAUGCACGUGUGCACCGCAUCGUUAUCGCAAUUGUAAACUUGUGUAAAUCGUCAAAUAUCUGUGUUAUACGCUAUUUUUGAAACUUAUUUAUCGUCUAGAUCUAGAACUAGUUUAGACUAACUAUUAGACUUUAGUCUCUUCCAUAAGUUAUCUAAGAAUCCCCAGUCACACCUCCACAUAUUACUUUGCGGUACAACUUAUGCUGUAAUAAUAAUUUAAACCGAAAGAAAUUCAUUCCAAAAUUUACCCGACGAAGUAAGGAUUCCUACAGAUAGUUUUGAAUAGUAUAUUUUAUCAACGAUAUAACUUGUACCUCUGAGUUGUUGCCGAGGGACCAACCCCGGAUCUACGGUUUUUCCGAGCGGGGCAGCAACUUGAUAGUCCCUCUCUCUCUGAGAUAAAUUGUUAAAAAAAGAACAAAUACAUUAUAGGUGGCAUUUUUUGUGGCAAUUUUGAACUCUUUUUUGUUUAUUAGAUAAUAACUUUUGUGUGACACAAAAUUAAAUAUAGGAAACUUAGCUAACAAACAAUCAAGUGUUCAAAAAGGACACGUUCAUAAAUCAACCUCAACAGAAUAACGUGCGCUGGACCUUAGGCGCAUUUAACAAGUUUUUUUUUUCAAACAUAAUUUCAAACAUUGUGAUUUUGCCGCCUUUUGAGAAUGCCGCCCAAGGUAGAUGCCCAGUAUGUCCCCAUAGAACCGGGGUUGCGAAGGACACCACCAAACUUCCAUUUAUUUGAGUUAGAUUUACAUAAUAUUCGAUUGAAUUAUAUUUGUAUUUAAUAUUAGCUGUAACUAGUACCUAACGUUGUACAUUUCAAGCGAAGUCCGAUGUACCUAAGCGGUGCCAAAUUGGCGCAUCCGGCGCAUUAUGCCUCGUCUCUUCAUCUUUUGCUCAAUUCGUUUAUUUUAUUGUUAAGUUUUAAUACUAGGGAUUUCUUAAAAAUAUCUCCAUUUCUUAUUAUUUAGAUUGAAUAAAGGAGUGCGCUUUUGCUUUUCCACAUGUCCUAUUCCUUUGUCAAGGAAUUCUUAGUUAAAAAUUAUACACAUACAUAAAUAUUACAACAAUAAUUAAGAUAUUAAAAUGAAUAGGAACGACUGCAACAGUAAACGAAUUUAUCUUGAGAGUCAGUGACUGACCGAUUCGCUGACUAUAAUUUCCCGGGAACAUGGCC